GAAAACACCCACACAAAGUCACAGAGAUCUGUGGGAAGUGUCUGAGCUGUGCCCUGUUUCUUUUUUUCUUUUAUUAUGAUUUUCUCAGAGGAGGGAGGAUCUUAACUUCCCAGCUUCAGCGAGUGAAAACAGCACACAGUAUCAACACGGGAGCAGACAGAAACUCACGAGGACUGAAACAUUUCACUAAAUUAACACUAACAUCGAUUAACCAGCGGAACAACUAAACACUACGUGUGGACGGAGGAGGACGUGGGGCAGCACUCAUGGAGCGAUACGACAACCUGGAUUUGGAUUUGGAGUGUGAAGGAGGAGGCGUAGCUGAAAAAGCAGCGUUAUUUGGAGGGAUGUUUAAAAGAUCCUCCAAGGCUGCAGAACCAUCGCUCCAUGCACAGGACAGUUUAUCAGUCAGCAGUGAACUUUCGAAGAGCAAUGACAGUCUGACUGACAACAGCAACAAGGGGAAAGAAGGCGUGUUUAAAGGAAUGUUUAAGAAGACGACCAAAGCUGCCAAAGAGGACCAGCCGCAGGCCUCCCUAUAUCCUGAAUUGCCUGUUAGUAGUGACAGCUUAACAGACAACAAGUCAUCAAAGGAAAAAUCAGGUGUGUUUGGAGGGAUACUGAAACGAGGACAUGCUCGGAGGCCUUCACAGGAUCUUUUGGACGCUGAGUUCACAGCUGGAAACGACGGUCAGUCUGAGAACACCACAGCUAAGGAGUCAGGAGGGGUGUUCAGUGGGAUGUUUAAAAAAGCCUCAAAGCCUUUUGGAGCGAGGACACAAUCUCAGGAGGAUCUGUCUGCAGCCAGCGAGCUCUCAGGCAGCAAAGACAAUCUUUCUGUGAAUAGCAACACUAAGGAGUCAGGAGGGGUGUUCAGUGGGAUGUUUAAAAAAUCUCCAAAGCCUCCUGGAGCGAGGGCACAAUCUCAGGAGGAUUUGUGUGCAUCCAGCGAGCUCUCAGGCAGCAAAGACAGUCUUUCUGUGAACAGCAACACUAAGGAGUCAGGAGGGGUGUUCAGUGGGAUGUUUAAAAAGCCAAAGCCUCCUGGAUCGAGGACACAAUCUCAGGAGGAUCUGUCUGCAGCCAGCGAGCUCUCAGGCAGCAAAGACAGUCUUUCUGUGACUAGCAACACUAAGGAGACAGGAGGGGUGUUCAGUGGGAUGUUCAAAAAAUCGCCAAAGCCUCUCGGAACGAGGACAAAAUCUCAGGAUGAUUUGUCUGAACCCAGCAAGCUCUCAGGCAGCAACGACAAUCUUUCAGAGAACACUAAGGAGAAAGGAGGAAUCUUUGGUGGUGUGUUCAAGAAAAAAGGUGCCAAAUCUCAGGAUGAUUUGUCCAUGGAUGGUGAACUCUCUGCCAGCAGUGACAACCUUGUGGAGAAGUCUUCAAAGGGUGGAGCAGCAGCAAAGAUCCUGAAGAAUCCUUUCACCUCGUCAGCUCAGGAUAAGGAAAAGACUGAACGCUCAGGAGACUCAAACGAGAAUAGUUCUACUGCAGAGAAGCCCAAAGCAAAGCAGAAUGGUUUUAGUGCGAUGAUGAAGAGCACCUUCUACACUGACAAACAGGAGAAGGACUCUGACUCUGACUCUGAGGCAAUAUUGGACAAUGGAGAGAGCCAACCCAGCCACAAACAGAGCAAACUUGCCGAGGCGAUGGAAAAGCUGAACCCGUUUCGAUCUGCACACAAACAUGAAAAGCCGUCAAGCUCCGAUGACGAGGAUCCACCUGCGAGCAGCGAGAAGUCAUCAGUCAACAAACAGAGCUCUAUGGCUGGAGCCAUGUCCAAACUGAAUUUUUUCCACUCUUCAAAUAAAAAAGACACCGAAGACACAGAGACGCUCAAGGAGAACGAGAAACAACUGGAAGAAAAGUCAAAACCGAGCAACAAGACCCAGCGAGAGAGAAAAGAAAGAAGUGAAACUCCAACGGUCCCACCCAGACCUUCUAAAGAGGAGAUGAAGAGCACAUCCACAUACGGCAAAGUAAAAGCAAGAGGAACUGAGGAUAAUCAGGAUAACAAAGACAACCACCAGAGCCAAUCAGACGAUGAAGGCCUCAAAGGUGAAUCUGCGGAAGCCAAAGAGGGAGAAGAGGUGCCCCCACCAGAAAGCAAAACAACCAAAGUGAAAAAACACAAACGCCACAAUCCAUUCAUGCCACGCAGUGGACCCAAGCUUCAGGCUCCGUCUGAUGAUGAAGGGCUGAAAGACGAAGAUGAAGAUGAAGAGGAAAAGAAGGAUGAGGAGGGCAAAGACAAAACAGCGACCAAAGUCAAGAAGCCAAAGAGACACAAUCCUUUCAUGCCUCGGGUCAAGGGCAAAGUCAUACAGAAGAGAGCACAGGACGGAGCCGCAGAGAAUGAAGGUGGAAAUAGAACCUUGUUUGACCAGCUGGAAGACUUCCGUAUUGACCCAGCACAGCCUGAAGGAAGACAGGAUGUGGACCUUAUGGAGUGGUGGAACACAGUGGAGUCUUGGGAGGACACGCCUCAAGAUGAUGACAUGACAGAAAAAGAAGAGGCCAAGGCGUUUGCUGUGACGGCAGAGAAGGUGCAGAAGGGCAUCCGAGUCUUCAACAAACUGUUCUCAGAGCGUGCGGAGAGCCUCUGGCAGCACGUCAUCGACCUCAACGGCAUCGCAGAUGGUCUGGACAAGUUCAGCAAGAACACAAAGAUUGCUCAAAUCACCGGUGGCUCCACCAGCGCCAUUGGGGGCGUGGCCACCAUCGCUGGCCUUGCUCUGGCCCCAGUCACCAUGGGAACCUCCUUGAUUGUGACGGCAGUUGGACUGGGUGUCGCCACUGCAGGCGGUCUGACAUCAGCAGGUGCCGGUAUCUCCAACCAGGUCAACAACUCCAUGGACCGCAAGAAGGUGGAGAAGAUUGUGCAGGAUUAUCAGGAAAAGAUCCUCGACCUCAACAAGUGCCUGAAAUUCAUCAAGCAAGGUAUCGAGAACCUGAAGCGGUUCGACCUGAUCAAGAUGAAAAAUCAUGCCUACAACCGCGACUUCCCUGUGCUCAGUAGUAGUUUCUAUGAGGACGGCGCCAUGGCAGGAAAAGCGAUCCUCAUCAACGCUAAUGAGAUCAUGCGUGUGGUGCAGAUCGCCAACGUGGCAGGCAGCACAGCAGCCAGAGCGGUCCAGAUUGCCAGUAUGGCUACUGGUGUGCUCACCGGACUCUUUGUAGGUAUGGACAUCUACUUUGUGGCCAAAGACUCCAAAGAACUCAAGAAAGGGGCCAAGUCAGAGUUUGCGGCCAAAAUCAGGGAGGUGGCUACGCAGCUUCACGACGGUCUGGUGGAGCUCAACGGGAUACGAGAAGAGCUGCAGGCCACUUCUCCAGAAAAUGACGCAGACAAUGAUACACCUGCUCCAGACAGUGAAAAGAAAGAGAAAGAGAAAGAGUACAAAUAUGACAGUUCAAGUGAAGAUGAAAUCGACCGCAUUAAAAAGGCCAUUAAACAGGACUAUGAGAACCGAGAGUAUGUCUGACAAAAACUAAGAACAGUGCUUUGACAUAACGCUUUUAGAGCACGGUCAGUUUCCUGUUCUCCUACAAAAUGUUCAAGUGAUUUUGAAAGUAUGUGCUUAAAUCUCCAGCAUACUGCUGCAUUGUUAGCAUCUAUGAGGUGGUUGGUGCCAGUUUCUUAAAAUGCAAAACUACUCUCAGGCCUAUUUUAAACGCCAACAGAGGAAACUCCACUCUUGAUGAAAUACACUAGUUUCUGAAACUUGUGGACUUUUAUGUUAGGGACCUGACCGCUUGCAUGGAGCUGAGGCUUCGUGCUAGAUAAAGUAUCAUAUCUGCUUUUCUGGUUGCUGUGCCAACAUGUGAAACUGCCAUGUGGUCCUUAAGAAAAUGGGCUCAAAGGUUUAAAAUCAUGUAUUUGGAUUGUAGAUAAGUAAACAAGUACAAAGUAUUUUGUCAACUUUAUAAUUUAGACUUUAAAGUGUUGCUUAGAGUUUCAAAGUACAUCAGUUAAUAUAGAAAUACUUUUACUGAUCAGGAGAUUGUGUAGACUCUUAGGGACAAGUGCCUUUAUUAUUUAUAAUGCCUUAGAAAUGCAUAUGAUGCAAUGUAGCAUUAGUCUGUGUACUCUUGUUGUUUUUCUGGUGUCAGGGCUGCAACUAAAUCAUUUCCCUCUUAUCCUCUGCUUGAGGUUUUGGAUCUGAUGUGGGACGUUUUAAAGUCUUGAUAUUGGUCUCAUUUUGAAGUAGUGAUGAGCUUUGUUUUCUAGCUACUAUAUAGUAAAAACUACUGAUUGACUAAACUUGUUGCUUCAUUAAAACGUAAAGGUUCUGUAUGCUACAUGCAGAGGAUUACUAUAGCUGCAGACAAAUAUUUGCUAUGUAAAGAUAUAGUGGAGCAAUGGCAUCCUGAGCAGAGAAUGAAGUCACGCUGCCUCAGGGUGUGUUGUAAUUAGAGCUUCUCUAUGGUUUGUUGUGGUAAGCUGGUCCGACCACGCAUGCAUGUUCGUGCAUGUGUGUGUUCCACGGGCUAACUCAUUGCCACCACUUUGCUCUGUGCUUAUACAGUACAACAGUUUUUGCUGAUAUUUGGAUGGUGUUGUUGCAGAGGUGAAGCGUCCACCCUCUGGUUCCCCCCUGGUAAACACCAUUAGCUCUGUCAGCACUGUUGCUGUUGUUAAGUGCAGUUUACAGAGCUAGCACCAUUAGCUGCUAGCCGCCGGCUCAGUUGAGAACCAUGUCCAGACAACUCAUACGACAACGUUAAGGAAUGUCUUGGCUAAUUAAGACUGUGGUGAUGUGUAAAUGAAUCAAGUUUAGUAACUGGUUUUCACUCAGUUAUAGUAGGUGUUUUAAUGGCUUCCAGGUGUAAAAUAAUCCUUUACUAAACAGCUGGAAUGACAGAGGUCUGUAAAAACCAGUCAUGAUUGUGUACGUCUGUCCUGAAAGAAUCUUCUGCCAUUUCCUUUUAAUGUGGCAUUAAUAUUUAAAGACUUCUAUUCCAAAGUCAGGGUCUGAUAUGCGGUUUGUACUGGAGGCUCUAAUGAUGUCAGCUCUGUGGUCUGUUUAAUGAACUUAAUAUUUAUUUUUCUGGGUGGAGUUGUUCAUUCGAUACUACCUUUUUAUGUGCAAUAUAUUGUAGACCUAUGUGUAAUUAAUGUGAAAUUGAUAAAUAAAGGCCAGAGAAACA